AAGAAGACCCUCGCGGCCGUUACUUUAAAUGGGUUUCCGGUGAUUCCGGUGAACUGCUUUGAUGUGUUCGCCCGAUUUAACCGACUCUGUGCGCGCGCGUAUAAGCGGAUUAAGCUAUCCGUUUCUGCUCUAUCUGUUCAGACGAACGUGCCCGUUUUACCGCGGUAAUGGUUUUGUGUUUCCGUCCCCCAGAGUUUAUAGUCUGAAACAGAAAGGUGGAAGAUGCGCAUCGACUGCGGCGUGUGGGACCACAUCUAUGUCUCCCACGACGAUGACGUCACCAGUCCGUUCGUGGACACGCCGAGCUCGUUCAGAAUGAGACACCGGGUCAGCAGGGACAGUGGUUGUUCUAGCUGUGAAGUUUGGAGUCGCAGGACUGCUCUGGAUCUACAUAAUGAGCUCAAGUUGUUGAUGUUGUCACAUGACUGGGUAAGUGAAAGAGAAAGCACACCGCUAGUAUUCCCCUGAUGUUCCCCGUCUUUGUUGCUCCUCCUGUUUUGGAAAAUGUGAUGUUUGGAGAAUCUUAAAAACUUUCCUACAUGUGGGAAAGUCCAGACAACACUAGUAAAAGAUGUAUCUGUUCAUGGAGCUAUGGCUGAUUUAAAUUUGUGAAUUUAAGUUUUCUUCAUAAAUGUAGUCUGUUAAAUACCUUACAAUUUCUGUAUUUUCUGAUUCCUUUCUCGUAGAUAUUGCUGAAAUCUUGUAUUUUUCAUAGUUUUAUUUUUUAAUAAAAUCUACCAUUUGUAAAAUGCUGCUUUUACUCUUCUAGUUUUAUGUUUAUAUGUUCCAUUUUUGCUUUCUAUAACUAUGUUGUAUUACCUUUAUAUUACCACUUUUCCACAUGUCUCACUUUCAUCUGUUUGUGCCAAAGGCCAGGCUGGAUAAGAUGGCCAAAUUUCUUCAGAAAGGUGAAGAUCUGGAUUGCAGCUUUGCGGAAUGCUGGAGACUGCUUCAGGAAGCCCGGCGACGACUCGGACACCUGGAAGAGCAGAUGAAGAGGAAGAUGAGGAACCAGAGGCUGAGCUGAAGAAAGUCCAGGCUGAGAGUGUUCAACCUGAAAUUAAAAAAGAAACACAACAGAAGCAUAAGACCUUUGUGGAGAAGUAUGCCAAGGAAAUGAAACACUUUGGUAUGCUGCGGCGUUGGGACGACAGCCAGAAGUAUCUGUCAGACAACCCACAUCUGGUGUGUGAGGAGAGUGCUAAUGACCUCGUCGUCCUCUGUAUUGACUUCGAGAUGGACGAGAAACAUGCCCUCAUGGAGCAGGUUGCACACACCAUCGUCAUGCAGUUCAUCUUGGAUUUAGCUCGGACUCUGAACGUCGACCCGAGAGGCUGCUUCAGACAGUUCUUCUCAAACAUCAAGGAAAUGCAGAGGAGUUUUGAUGAGAAAAACACCGAGAUGCUGCAGGAUGUGAUGAGCAAGCCGCACCCUGAGGAGGGAACAUACCAUCUGCAGAGAUGCAUUGACUCGGGGUUGUGGGUGCCUGACUUACAGGAGGAAGAAGAUUAGAAAAUGAAAACCGAACUCGGUCAUCGUUAAGUAGCUGUGUAUGUUUUUAGUGUGUCUAAAAGAUGAGGAAGUUACAUACUGUACACCAAACUGUAACUUUGAUUAAUGUGUUAUAUCUCAAUAUUUUUAUUAAUCAAAAAUCUAAUUUAAAACAAACCUGCAUGUAAGAACUUCACAGUCUCAUGUUGUAUUCACAGCACUUUAAAUUAUUUGCAACGUUUUCUGAUUUUGUUCACAUUUCAUUUAUUCUGUACCUUUCUGAAGGCAUGUGGCAUUUUCAGUGUACACAUCAGAACAUGUUUGUGCAUUGUCAAAUAUUGUGUUUUAUUAAUGCAACUGUAGAUAGAUGUUAGCCUUUCUACCAUGUUUGAUAUUACAAAGGUUAAUGUAGAUUUGGAAGUUCAGAAAACAAGAAUGGUGAACCAUAAACUUAAAGAGUCAAAAACAAUAGCUUUCCCCUACCUACUAAUACACAAAUGUGUGAAGUAAAACACAUUCUCCCACUUAAGCCACUUCACAACGACGUCCCACUAUGUUUUUGUCUUUUCACUGUACAAUGCCAUAAAGUAUAAAGUGACAAAACAUGAAUAAGGUCAAGCAGUAGGAAUUAGAACUAAAGCAAUGUGCAAGUAUAAAUAUGUUCAAUAAAAGGUACAAAAUAUAUUUCUAAAUAAUUAUGUGGAAGGUGAAGGACAUAAAGAUUCUGUAAAAUAAUAUAUAAUAUUGUUAAAAGUUUCAGUUGAAUAUAAGGAUAUAUUGACAUAAAGGGGUGGGAAUUUUAAAAAAGCGUAAAGUUAUCACUCCUUUUCAGACAAAUGGAUAAAAUGACUGAGACUUAUGUUGCAAAACAUUGUUUUUAUUGUGUGUAUUUAUUUAGGUGUAUUCUUUCUUUGCAUUUUUUCAUU